ACGGUACAGUGAUUUUUUGUUGUUGUUGUUGUCUUGAGGACUUGAGGGAAAAGAACCAGGGGAGAAACGUGAGAGUUGAAGAAGCUGCAUCGGUGGCCGGAGCUGCGCAGUGGUAGCGGGGCUUGGUCAUGGUCGGUCGGGGACUUUGGGUAUGUAAGCCCCGGUUAGGAAAGCGAGGGAGCAGGCUUGGCGUUCUGCCAAUUUUUUGUGCCGCGACAGCGAUCCUAUCCCUUCUGGCUCUGCUCUUUUUGGACUUCAUCGAGUCAUGGGUCACCUCCAUGAGCAUGAACAGGGUGUUGGAGCCGCACGCCGGCAUCAUUCCGCCGCAGAGUGUCCCCCCUGCAAGACCCGAGGAGUUCCUGCUCAUGCCAAGUCCGCUGGUGUGCCAGAGAGCCAAGCCUUACCUCAUCACCAUGGUUACCUCGGCUCCUGCCAAUCAGAGGGCUCGCCAAGCCAUCCGGGACACCUGGGGAGGGGAGGUGGAGGUAAGGGGCCUGCGGGUCAUGACCCUGUUCAUGGUGGGUGUGGCGGCAGACCCUGGACUUUCCAAGCUUCUGAUAGAGGAAGCCAGAGAGAAAGGAGACCUGAUUCAGGGUCGUUUUGUGGACACUUACUCUAAUCUUACCCUGAAAACCUUGUCCAUGUUGGGAUGGGCCCGUCGGUUCUGCCCUCAGGCUCACUUCAUGGCCAAAGUGGACGAUGAUGUACUGUUUAAUCCCAGUGCCCUUUUGCACUACCUCAACAAGAGCCGUAACCCCUAUGAGCAAGGAGACUUGUACCUCGGCAGGGUUCAUCUUCAUGUGGCUCCGGACCGGGAUCCAGACAGCAAGCACUACCUCCCUGCAGGGGCCUACCCCCCCUCUGUCUUUCCUGAUUAUUGCAGUGGUACAGCCUAUGUCCUGUCCCGUGCUGCAUUGCUCAAAAUCUCCCUAGCAGCAUCAGCAUCACCUUUAUCCACCCCUCUGCCCCCCGAGGAUGUGUUUGUGGGCCUGUGUGCCCGGGCAGCUGGGGUCCUGCCCUCACACUGUCCCCUCUUCUCCGGAGGCCCUGCUGUGCCAUAUGGGCGCUGCUGCUAUAAGGCCAUGGUCUCCAUCCACCACAUCGCACCCAGGGAGAUGCUGCACUACUGGGCUGAUGUCCAUUUAUCACAGCCCUGCUCCUGGCUGACUCUGCGUGCUUCUCUGGGAAUGUGCAAAGUCCGGGCGAUGAUUGGGACAGUUCUGGGGCUGGAGGGGGGGUUAUGAGGGUUAAUAUAGAAGAAAAACAAGACUGAUUGGGGCUGUGCCUCGCUUUAAUACUGUGAACAGCACAAGUGCUCUGCUUUGAACCUAUGUGUACUAGAAAAAUGUCACCUUAUUUUUAUAGCUUUCAUUUUUUUUUACACUUUAAUGUAUUCAAAUGGCUUGUUUUUGUUUUGCAUAAAAGGGUAUGAUCAUCUGGCAGUUAUGAAGACCUGUCACAGUAGUCUUUGACUGUUAGAGCAUCUGUCAUCUCUACACUUACAUAUGGUGUAGUAGAACAAACCACAGUGGCAUGCCGAUAGUAGAAAUGUUCUGACACCAUUACUUCCUUCCCAAUGCUGACUAUAUAUUACAGAGUAUUAUUUAAAAGCUGCCUGUAUAUGUAAUGCUCUGAAGAAACACUAUGCUUUCCCUCCAAAUGGAAAUAUUGCAUAUUGCAUAGCUGCAGGCUAUAACUGGAGGGAUUUUCUUUUUCAGAAUUAGAUAUUACACAAUUGCAGGUAUUUGGCUAACUCUGACUCAUGUUACACACCACAUAGUUGUCGUCUUCUGGUGUCACAUAAUCAAUUCUCUCAUCAGUUAAUGAUAAUAAUAAUAAUAAUAAUUACACCAAGUAUUUCUAUUAACAUACUAAGUACUAAAUGUUAAUGCUGCUAUCUUGAUAUAUGUUCCAUCUGUUCUGUUACUUGUCAGGUACCGAAAAUGUAGAUGUUAAGACGCUUCAAUGCAUGAAGAUAUCAAACCACAGGAUUGUCAUACCUUGUAGUGAGAAAAGUAAUAUGUAAUAAGUUUAAAAGUUUGUAGUGUUCCAAACAGAAAAAAAACAAUUCCCUCAGUACAGGAUAUAUCCAAUUUAGGAAUCAUAACAUACACUCAAAAAAAAAUGACUUGAUAAUUUGUGCAGCCUGCCAUUUAUUUGAUGGUUGAUAUUUGAGGCGGUGCGACGUAUUCCAGUUCUGAAAACCGUUUACGGAGACAGUUUGGUUCCUUUGUCUUUGCAGGUUCAGUUAUUCUACAGCGUGGAUAUUUCCCACCUGUUCUAGUGAAACGAAACAUUAAGCAGAGAAGGCUGGCGUGUGUUGACUAGGAUUGGUCUGAAAAGUAUUUUCUAAAAGGGAAUAGGGAAAAUAGGGAGGAAAAAAAAGUGUUCAGAUAAAGCCUCAGUGUGUUGCCCCACCCUAAUCGUAAUAGAAAACAUGUCAUAGUAUUAACACUCAGGAAGUAUGUGAAUAGAUAACAAAUAAACCACUCUCUAUCUUACA